AUGCCCCGGCGACCCUACCAAAUCUCAACCCCUCAAAACAGAUGGUCCAUAUAUCCCUCCCUCCACGAUAGCGUCGCCCGCCUCCUGGCAGAGCACAAUCUCCAUUUCGGAUUCCACCCCACCGACGAUGCUAUCAGCUGUACCAAAGAAUACGACACGAACAUCAUGGGUAAAUUCACGUGUCACAACCGUGCAUGCACUUCUCAUGGAUGGUCGAGUAAGAAAAUCGCAAUCACGAUACGGGGAGAAUACAAUGGGAGAGUAUAUCAUCAGCGCUGCAAGAGCUGCAAUACGCUCAGCAAACCGAUUUUGGAUGACUCGUAUACGGAGAGAAUAGCGUAUCGCAUUAAGAAGUGGAAUGGGAUUGAGAUGGAUAGGCCGGUGUACUCUGGGACUGGAAAGAGCAACGGUCCUCAUAAUGCGGAUUUGUGUGAGGGAUGUAAGGAGGGUCGUUGUGGUGCGUUUGAUGGUGAUUGA